AUGGACACCACCUCGACUUCACCCCCUCAUCAAGAAGGCCGCAAGCUGCUCGAUCCAAGUGAGCUGGGGACCAAAGAAUACUGGGAAGCAGCCUACACCCGCGAACUGCACAACAACACCGAAGACGCCGACGAUGAAGGCAUCAUCUGGUUCGACGAGAGCAAUGCCGAAGAUACCGUCCUGAAGAAAUUGGCCUCAUACGUCGAGUCUGAAGAAUCUGACGGACGAGGUAUUCUCGUUCCCAACCAAACGAGUUUCCUCGACUUAGGCACCGGAAAUGGCCACAUGCUCUUCGCUCUCCGCGAAGACGAGGACGAGGAUGGCGAGGUGAGAUGGCCAGGGGCGAGGCUGGUGGGCGUGGAUUAUAGUCCGAAGAGUGUGGAGUUGGCGAGGCAGUUGGAUGUUCAGCGGCGCGGAGACGAUGAGGCGACUGAGAUCCUGUUUGAGCAGUGGGAUUUACUCGGCGAGGAGCCUGGCGAUUGGCUUGACGGAGGCUUUGACGUCUUGCUCGACAAGGGCACCUUUGAUGCCAUCUCGUUGAUGCCGCAUGAUGGGGCUUCGCCACAUCCUUGUGAGGUGUAUCGCGAGAAGGUGGUGCCGCUGAUCAAGCCUGGAAGGUUUCUGCUUAUCACUUCGUGUAACUGGACCAAGGAUGAGCUGGUAUCGUGGUUGGCGCCGAAAGGGGGAGCGCUUGAGUUGUUCGAUGAGGCGAAGUACCCGACUUUUACGUUUGGUGGACAGACAGGGCAGAGUGUCGUUACGCUGGUGUUCUGUAGAAAUGCCUGA